AUGUCGACAUACACAAACGUCGAGAGUUGGUCCGUGGCACGGCCGACUCUAGGAUCGCCGAGACAUAACGGGGACGAGGGCAUCCCGGACAGGAUGCCUCUCAGGCACGCGCUGCUGAUGUGGUAUGUUUCCGAUCUCUUGCAGUAUCGAGAACGAAACGAAGAGAAGAAGAAGGAGACGAAGAAGAAGAAGAAGCUCCACCUGGAAUGA